AUGUCUAUCUGUUUCCAACUGCAACUAGAUCAAAAUUUGACAAUCAAAGAUGAGAGAACCGUUUUCUUCUUGGGCAACCUUGCUUGGUUGGACAUCAUUCGUGCAUUUUCUGUGCCGGACCGAUUAUGCUUUACACAAGAGCUUCGCAAGAAGCUGCUCUCCCUGUGUGACUUGAGAUUUGAAGCAGUGAAUGGCUGCCCACGAGAGUUAGUUCUCAUUAUAGGGGAAAUUCUUGAGCAUGCGAAAGCACAUUCAAGCAGCAGUUUGGCUACGGGAAACUACAAUAAACACAUUCGAACACUGAUUCAGAAGCUCUACAUUUGGGAUGCCUCACGCUGUUUCUACCCUGAUGAAGAUCCCCUUUGGCACUGCAUUGCAGAAGCAUUUCGUCAUACCUGCAUUUUGCGCGCUUGGCGGCUGCUUGAUCCAACCGAAUCUGCAACGGAGCCGCACAUACAGGAAUCUGUCACAGCGAUUUUGGAUUCCCUUGCGACUGUUCCUGGUAACAGCCCCUUGAUAGAGCUUACUGUAAUGCCUCUUUUCAUGGCUGGCGCUGACAGUCUCUCACCCCAUUCCCGUCACUAUGUUCUCUUGCGGCUAGGGGAAAUCAAGGCAAGGUCCGAAAUGGGAAUUUCAGCACCUCAGACAUUGCUUAAAAGGGUGUGGCAAGCAAGAGCUCAGCAACCGAGGUUUGACAAAAGGAAUAUUCCUUGGAUGGACUUUACACACAAUUCCGAUUCGAUGCACCAGGACGAUUAUUUAAUCAUAUAG